CCCCCGCAUCAACCUGCUCAGUUAGCUAGCUAGCUGUUAAAGGAUUGUCUGUCGCGCAGGUGUGUCGACACGUCCUUUUAUGUGAAAUGCCGAAAACUCCAGAUGAGAAACUAGCUAGCUAAAUGCCCGUUGACUGGAAUGUUUCCUCGGACUCCCUAAAACAACCCGGACUGUGGGAGCAAAUAAAGCAACGGGUUGUAAUGUCAACAUGUUAUUAACGCGAACAAGUGCAAGACAGGUGGACUGCGGCUUUGAGAUUUGAGACGUUAGCCUCAUCGGUUGAUAGCUUGUACAUGGGCAUCUGUGUUUCAGCUUUGUACCAAGAUAACCUAUAAGGACCUAACGUGACAUUAUCAACAGUUUAAAUACUGACAUAAUGGCCACAGCCCAGUCAGAGCUUUCCAGCGUCUUGAAGGAGGAGCUCACCUGCCCAGUGUGCCUGGACUUGUACCGCGACCCCCACUUGCUUCCUUGCGGCCACAACUUCUGUAAGACCUGCCUGGAUCGUCUAAAGCGGCAAGCAGAUCGCGGCCGCUUCCGCUGCCCAGAGUGCCGCGAAAGCCACCGGUGUGGCAUCAGCUUCCAGAAAAACUUCAAACUAGCAAAUAUUUCUGACGACUACCGUCACCGAUGCAGAUCUACUACUGCAGCUGCUACAGCUUUAAAAUCCAGGGAAUUGCUGUCGUUUUCUCUGUCACCGCAGCAAGCCAAGUGUCUGUUUGCUGUUCCAUGUGACUACUGCCCUUCAGUUUCCUCAGAGGCAUCAAGUAUCAGUGCUGUUGGAGAAGGGUCUUCUGCUGCUUCUGUUUCUCAGGACGAGGGUUACAAACAGGAAGCCACUGCUGCUGAGUCAAUGUUUGCAGUCAAGACGUGCCUGAAGUGUGAGGUGUCAAUGUGCCAGGAGCAUGUCAAGCCACAUCUUGAACUGCCAGCGUUCCGCGAGCAUCCACUGACAGAACCGAUGAACGACUUCUGGAAGAGGAAGUGUCCAGAUCAUGAUGAGAUAUACAGAUAUUACUGCAUGGAUGACAAGAUGUGCGUGUGCAACGCCUGCACCAUAGAAGGAGGACACUCGGGACACACAAUUAAGACCCUAAAAAACACGAUGAAAGAUCUCAAGGGCACGCUGGAUAAGCAGCUGUACAGGGUUGAAAGGAAGUACAGCAUGGCAGAGAAAAAACUCCAGGAGCAGAGAGAGAAAGAGAGACAAAAUAAGAAGUUUAUGGACGACUCUGAGCAGUGCUUGACCCGGCUGGGGGAGGAGAUGAAGGCCAAAAUACUCCGAUUUGUCACCAGAUUGCGAGAAUGCGCACGCACUCAUUCUGACACCAACGGUCCGGCGAUUCAGAAGAACAUCUUUAAGAUCAGCCAGGACCAGGUCCGUCUCCAGGAGGUCCGCUGUAGCAUCGAAAGCCUCAUGCAGGAAAGCGACCCUUUCCGCUUUAUUGAGGCACACAGGACAACAGGAAAACAGUGUCGUAGGCAGCUAAGAAAAGACAUGUACUACCCAGAAUACGUCGACAUGGAGACGGAGGUUCUUGGAGUGAUGAUGGAGGACGAAAUGAGAAAAUUCCUUGAUGAGGAACUACCGUGUCACAUUGUUGCUGCCAUUAACUCCCUGUGUCACCUGUCGGAUCAUGAGGAAGAGGACCAAGAGGAGAAUGAGGAAGAGGCUGUGGAGGAUGAAGACGACGACGACGACGACAGCAGCGAGGAAAUGAGGAGCGAGGGGGAGGAAGAGGAUGAUGAGGAAGACGAUGACGAGGAAGGAAAUGACCAGAGUGGGCUGGCUGACGAUCUUUACAGCCCAGGGGAGGAGGAGGAGGAGGAGGAAGAGGAGGAAGACGAUGAAGAGGAAGACGAUGAAGAGGACGAGAACGAAGAAGAGGAGCACGAGGAGGAGUGAAGAAUUUUAGGACUGGGACAGGAUUUGGAUACAUAUAUUUUUACACCUAUUAAAGCACUUUGGAUUUGAUUGUUAACUGCGAGUGCCAUGUACAGUUGAGGACUCAAGCAGUUAUCACAUUUUGCCUCAAACCCUGGUACUAAACUCUGAGAUGACACACUGAAUGAUAUCAGAGCUUCGAUUCAGCUGGAUUUAAAACAAACUGCACUGAGAAUCUCAUGCUAAACCUGUGUUAAACUUAAGGUGCUUAAAAGUAGAAAAUGAUUGCUGUAUGCAGAAACACACGUGAAUGUAUAUUGACAGAAUGUGUCUGGAAGGACUCAAAACACUUCAUUUGGAAUUUAGUAAAAUCUCUGCAUGUCUGGAUUUUGACCACUCUGCUAAGAAUUUUAAAACGUGAGUAAUUUGCCUAAACGGAAUUGAGUUGAUUUGAUCUAAUUUGUUUUGAGAACGCUUUUUUGAAAUAACUAGUUGCUGUUUCUUAAAUUUCCAAAGCAUAGGUAAGAAAAUGUUUGAAUCCCUUGAGUUUCCCAGGUUUCCGUCACCAUAGUAAGUCUUUUAAACAGUGUCCAUGUAAACAGAUUGGACCUGAAGGAGAGCAAACACGCAACCAACAAUUUACUUGAAGGAGUCCUGCGUUAACGGAUUGUAUUGAUUUGUUUAUUUCAUUCUUGCUUCAGUUUUGCAAGCCAAAGAGAGAGUGAGUGUGUGUGUGUGAGUGUGUGUGUGAGAGUGUGUACUUUAAAAAGUUUUGUUUGCUUGGCAUGACAUUAGAAAAAAAUUGCAAUGUUGAGUCUAUACAGACUUUAGGAUGACUUUGCUUUUCAUAUUUGUGCUUUAAAAGCAGUUAAUGCAUUGUUUAAAAAAAUGUUCCUAUGCACAGUGUAUACAGUCUCAAAAUAUAAUUUUCAGGCGACAAAGGAUUUUGCACUUUGCUACAGAAAAUGCUAUGUUAGGCCUGAACUAUUUGAAUGUUAAAAGUUGAUUAUUUUGAUACGGGUGAUUUUGUGAGGGGCCAAACUGAAAUAUGAAUACAUAAUAAUAAAGUAUGUUGAAAUGUG